AUGCGCACCUUGGCUGUCUUCGCGUUACUCGCCGUCUCGGCUGGCACAGCUUUAGCGGCCCCAUACCCCGGUGACAUAGUCCAGUACUGGAACCUGAGAACAACCUGGUCUAUCAACGCAACUAACCCUCGACAGGGUGGCUACUAUGAAGCCUACGCCGGUGCAUUUGUUCAGACUGCGAUCCUUGCCGCAGCCCAAGAUGCUUCGCGACAUCCCAGGGCUGUCCAACAGUUAUCUGUCAGCUACGCUGCUCACGACGCGCUGGCUUCGCUAUACGACCUCCAAUAUCAGACGAUUGAUUCUUAUCUUACCGAGAUUGAGGAUAUCAUCACCCCCACAUCUUCCGAGAGCAGCAUUGCCAGGAGGAUCGGCGAAUCUGCCGCCGCAAAGGUGACGAGAGCUCGUGCAGGAGACGGUUACGGGAGGUACAAACGCUACGAGUGGCAGGCACCAGCACCUGGUGUGUACCAACCCACGCCACCCAACAACCCAUUCCCUGCGGCUCAGCACGGCGGACAGCUUCGACCAUGGGGUGGCGUCGAGAAGGUCCCUGAGUGGGGACCUCCUCCAUCUCCCACUGAUGAUGGCUACGAGAAAUUCUUGCUACAGGUGAAGGAGAAGGGGAGCAAGACCAACAGCACACGCACUGCUGAUGAAACAGAGAUCGGCUACUUCUGGCUCGAGUCUUCCAUCACGGCGUGGAAUCGAUAUGCCACUACUAUCAUCGGGGACUCCCUGAAGGACAGCGUCCUCAAGUCCGCCGAGUUCUACGCCAAGCUAAACUGGGCCCUUGCUAAUGCUGCUAUCGUUUCGACGCACACUAAGAACAAGGCGAGUGGGAGAACUGCUCAGAUUUUUCACCAAGAAAUUACUGACGUAUUCUGCACCCUCCAUUACCCUGGCGUCUUCCUCAAAUCUGGAAACAGUCUCAGGGACCCGUCGUGGGAGCCUCUCUUCCCCAACCCAGGCCACCAAGAUUACCUGUCAGGACACGCCGUCUUCGGUGGUAGUGCAGUCGAGGUUCUCAGGAACCACCUCGGCAGUGAUGAACUCGACCCGCCAGUCACCCUCACCAGCCAUGUCAUGUUCAAUAACGUUGGCCCAAUCAGUCGCACCUUCACCUCUCUCUCCCAGGCGGCCAAAGAGAACGGUGACUCCCGCGUUUUCGUCGGCGUUCAUUUCCAAUUCGCCUCUGAUGAGGGAACCAAGGCGGGCGAGGCAGCCGCGAAGCAGGUUUUGAGGAGGAAAGGCAGAGGGUACCUCUAA